CACGUCACAGGUGACGUGAGUGUUUGUGCCGUUCCUAUCACCAGUUUGGCCAUAGAUUCCCAAAAUGGAUACAGAUUAUGCAGAAUAAACCUCACCACAGAAAGAAAGUUCCUGCGCUUCAGUACCGACUCCCGCUCCAGCGAGGAUGUUCCCCAGCCUGGCCGCCCACAGACCGUGGCAUGUCUUCCGCAGAGUUUCCAUGCAGCACAGAUCGUCCCUGUCGCAAAGGCUCUCGAGGUUCCCGCAGCUGUGCCACGUUUGGCAGAGUGGAGGGAUGCACAGCUUAUGGUUCAGCCUCCCAGACUGCCGUGUGGCUUCCCUAGGGCUGGGCAAGGUCCAGUAUUACUCUACCUCUGACUCCAGUAAAGAUGAUCCCCCAAAACCACCAUCAGGUGCUGCCCCCACUACGGCAAAGCUUGUGUCUGGUGCUACACAAGUGACCCCAGAUUCACCAGGUGCAACACCUCAGGGACUGACUAAAGCUGAGACAAUUCAAGUGAAAGUUCGUGCUGUCCUGAAGAAAAGGGAAUAUGGAGCCAAAUACACUCAGAACAACUUCAUCACUGCAGUCAGAGCGAUGAAUGAGUUCUGCCUCAAACCAAGUGAUUUGGAACAACUGCGGAAGAUCAGAAGGCGCAGCCCUCAUGAUGACACAGAGGCUUUCACUGUCUUCCUGCGCUCAGACGUGGAGGCCAAAGCACUAGAUGUCUGGGGAAGCCAUGAAGCUCUGGCCAGAGAGAGAAACCUCAGGAAAGAGGUGGAGCGAGAGUACCAAGAGAAUAUUUUUCGGAAUCAACGCCUGUUGCAAGAAUACAAAGACUUUUGGGGAAACACUAAGCCACGGUCAGGCCAGAGGACAACAUUUCUACAAGGGCCAGGGAAGGUGGUGAUGGUUGCUAUUUGCAUCAAUGGGCUGAAUUUCUUCUUCAAGCUCCUGGCUUGGGUCUACACUGGAUCAGCUAGCAUGUUCUCCGAAGCCAUCCACUCUUUGGCCGACACGUGCAACCAGGCUCUGCUCGCUCUGGGAAUCAGCCAGUCAGUCCGCAACCCGGACGCUGUUCACCCAUAUGGCUUUUCCAACAUGCGCUACAUUGCCUCCCUCAUCAGUGGAGUGGGCAUUUUUAUGAUGGGAGCGGGCCUCUCUUGGUACCAUGGCAUCAUGGGAUUGCUGCACCCAGAGCCCAUCGAGUCUUUGUUAUGGGCUUACUGUAUUUUGGCGGGCUCUCUGGUAUCUGAAGGAGCCACAUUACUGGUUGCCAUCAAUGAGAUAAAGAGGAGCGCCCGACAGCAAGGACUGUCUUUUUAUGAAUAUGUAAUGCAAAGUCGAGACCCAAGCACUAAUGUGGUGCUGCUGGAGGAUGCUGCAGCUGUACUGGGAGUUAUUUUGGCUGCUGGUUGCAUGGGGCUCACCUCGCUUACAGGUAACCCGACCUACGAUAGUUUGGGCUCUCUCGGCGUGGGCACGUUGCUGGGCACCGUCUCAGCCUUCCUCAUCUACACUAACACAGAGGCCCUGCUGGGACGCUCCAUACAGGCUGAGCGCGUGCAGAAGCUCACAGAGUUUCUAGAGAACGACCCCGCUGUAAGGGCCAUCCAUGAUGUGAAGGCCACUGAUAUGGGACUGAGUAAAGUGCGCUUCAAGGCUGAAGUUGACUUUGACGGCCGUGUGGUGACACGGUCUUAUCUGGAAAAACAAGACAUUGACCAAAUCCUCAACGACAUUCAGCAGGUGAAAACCCCCGAGGACCUGGAGAACUUCAUGCUGAAACACGGGGAGAACAUUAUUGACACCCUGGGAGCUGAGGUGGACCGCCUGGAGAAAGAACUCAAACAACGUAACCCAGAAGUUCGUCACGUAGACUUGGAGAUACUAUAACAUCCUGGUGUACCAUGAAGAAAAAGGUGAAAGGAUGGCCACGCCUGCCUCUGCAAACUGCCUCCCUUUCUGACUGCACAACACACAACAAACCUGCACAAGCUGUCAAGUCUUACAGUAGAAUAGUCCAGAAGGAUGAGCAUGGACAGUAUUUGAGCAGCGAUCAUGCCUGAACUUCAGUUCGCGAUGCUGUGAGUUCACCCUGCCAGAGAUCCACUUUCACAUUCCAGUGUGAGUGUUCCUGGCAGAAGACUAACGGCUGUCAUUAGUCUCCUUGAGUUUCACUAGAAAUUCACGCGCAAACUACGACAGCAUAGUCUGGCUGUUUGCUUGAACUCGCAUUCCUCCGUAAAAGUGUCGUGAUGUGGUUGAGAUAAUGUCUGUUUCUAAAGCAAACCCAAGAACAGGACCAGUAUCAUUUACUAGACUUGUACUUUAAUGUUAUUCUUGAGCCACAGUGAUAGUGUUUCCUUCGUUAGUGCAAAGGAAACCAAAGAGCUACAAUUUCAAACCAGACUUAUUUAAAAGCUAGACAAUAUUAGUUUUUUUUUUUUUUUUCUUUUAAUGUAAAAACUGAAGACGAUGCGAUGCUGGGUUCUCUAAUGGAGACAGAAUUUGUGAUGAAUAGGUUUUUAUUACUAUUAUAGAAAAUUAAGUGGUGUUAUUGAGAGAUUUUGACUUGUUUAAUAGGUAGAGUGAAUAUAUAGCACUUAAUGAGUCAUCACAUGCAAAAAAAGAUUGUAACUCUUAAGAAAACAGGGUGUUGCAACUUUAAUUUGUGCUGCCAUGAUAUUAUGAUGACAAGUCAUCUCACCUACAAUUGCAGGGUUUCCUCCAGAAAGGUUGACAGGCCUGGUAGUCGGUGCUGGAGGAGUCAGGGUUAUGCAAAGUUUUAGUUCCAUAUGUUUUCUAGUUUCACAUUUUUUUUAGACUAGAUUGGCUUUGCAGGAUAGUUCAAAAAUAAACAUACUUAUCCCACAGCCCCUCAGUCCAUCCUCUAAAACGAGCUGUUUUAUCUUGUCUACCUUUAAGCCAACAGUCUUCUGAUUGACUGCCCUUCGUAUCCGCUCUCUGACAUCAUACGUGGCCAAGUUUUUAAAAAAGUAACUGAAGCCUGAGCUUUUGGCACAUAGAGGUUACUUAUAUGUAUGCUGACCUCAUUCUUUGAAAGCUUUGCUAUGUUUAUUAUGAUCAUCCACAUACACACUCUCUGUGCAGACACACACACAAGCAAGCACAUCAUCUAUAUCGGCAGGAGAGCACCAGAUCAAGAUUGAACAUGUUCACGUAGAGCGAUAAAUAAUCCUGCUGUAACUGGUGGUCCUAUAUCAGCUGAGCAUUGUACUAAGACAGUCUUUUUAUUUUUCACUUUAAUCUCCCAACUCUUUCGAACAGCUGAGACAGUAGCCUAAUAUGAUGCAGUAGCUAACCUAACAGUUGGUGCUAUUGUGCUUUGUCUUUUUUAAAAUCCCAGAUGCAUGUGUUUCAUGGGCAGUGGUGGAAACCCUGCAUUGUAUUUAUCAUACCCAGUAAAUGGGUUACAAUCUCUACACAAGGUCUGAUGAUGAGACUGAUCAUCCUUCCAAGUCAAGAAAUCCCAAUAUAGGCAGUGACUUCCCUCUAAACUCUGAACUCUGAUGUUCUCCAGAUUUGAGGUUUAGAGGCUCGUCUUUUCAGGUGACUGAUCGACUGUGUUAUUCCAAAGAUAAAGCACAGGAGGAAUGAAAACGUCUAUGCCCCUUUCCACUGUGGAUAAAUAAGUGAUCCAUAAUGACAGCAAAUGGACCAGCUACAUUUUCUUUUUGUUUUUUGAGGUCCACCAACAGCUGACAGCCUAAAGGCAUUGUUUAAUCCAUUCAUUGUCACCCUGUGCAGCAUGUGUACUAAAAUUGUGAAGUUACUCCUACAUAAUGUAUCUGCUGAAUAAUCUGUAUAAACUGGACUUUGAUGGUGCUUUUGCUCCAUCCUUUGUUCGCUGUUCCUGCGCAACCUGCCCACGUGUCAUCGGGCUUCAGGAGGUGGGCUGGAGUCAUGUCAUCUUUACUGAGAGGGCAGAUCUGUAUUUCUUUGAAGGUGACUGAACUGUUUUCCAUUGGCUUAUAACGGUGUUGCCACUGUUGAAGGACUUGGGAUGAACAUGAGAUAAUUUAUUAAAUUAUUUUGGUUUCCUUUUG